AUGCUCCGCAGACCCCUAACUGUUCUCUCCAUCACAACUGAAGACAUCGCCGACUACGAAGACCGUGCGGCGGAACGCACCCGCGCCCGCGAGCUCGAAGCCCUCCAAGAAGCCCAUGCGCGCGCACGUCGCGAAGCAUUUGCCACCUCCCGUCGGGCCGCGGCAGCCACAGCCGCUGCGGCUGUCUCGACACCCGUCACGUCAGCUACCAUCAGCAGUAGCGGAAAUGCCCCUGCUGGGGCACCGAGUUUCGUAGCUCGCAGACAGCAGCAGCAGCAACAGCAGCGGAUGCUGAGUCCGUCAGAGCAUUUUGCUGAGGAGGAUGAGGACGAGGACGAUGAUGAGGAGGUUGAGACGUCGUAUUAUGCGCGCGCCCAGGCCCAGGCUGCGCAGGUGGGCUUUCUUAGACGGCAGGCGCAGCAGCAGCAGCAGCAGCAGCAGCAGCAGCGGAGAGGAAUAGGGCGCUUAGCGCAGCAGCAGGAGCCGGAACCGGAGCCUGAAGAGGGGCAAGAGGAGGAAGGAGGGGAGGAGGAGGAGGAGGUCAUGGAAGGAGAUGACAUGGAUAUUGAUACCACGUCGCAUAAUAUCCAGUACCAACAGCAACAGCAUUACCAACAUCAGCACCACACCCCCGUCCCCUCCUCAGCAGCAGUCGAAACCCCGCCUCCCACGAACCCCUAUAAUACCCGACACCACGGCCGUGCUCCGCCUCCAGCUCCAUCCCGACGUACGACGAGAGAACGGACUGUGGACAGAGAUACAGCCAGUAUAGCCACCAACGCUACGACGUCGACUGCUACGACAGUGAGGGAGACGAGGUUGCGAAGUCAGCAACUACAACAGCUACAACAGCAGCAGUUGGGGGAGCCAGCGGGAGCAGCAAUGGGGCGUACGACGCGGGCUGUUAGUGGCAGUGCCGCAGCCGCCGCGGCGGUUACGCCGGAGAUGAGGACGCAGAGGAGUCGAGAGGAGAGGAUCGGAGUUGCGGCGCCUAGGAGGGGGCGGUCGCAGGCUUAA